AUGGGAAUCCUAGUCCGUAAGCCUUUCUUUCUCAACUUCAAGAAAGUACCUACUACAUUAAAGCUCUUAUGUGAUGAUAUUACUGGUUCUCUCGUCCUCACCGAGCCUCUCAAUAAGCUGAUAAAUUUAGUGCGAAUCAAAGUGGAUGAAGCUCUCCUCAAUUCUAUGAUGCAGUUUUAUGAUCCUCGUCUUCAUUGUUUUACUUAUAGAGAUUUUCAACUGGUACCUACAUUGGAAGAAUUUUCUCAUAUAAUGGACAUCCCUAUACCUGAUCAAAUACCUUACACUAGUGAGGAAGGAGGUCCUAAGUUGGAAGACAUUGCUGCUGCUCUACACUUACCAAGGGCAGAAAUUAACAAGGUUUGGAUCAAUAGAAGAGACUAUUCUGGAAUACCUGUGGAUUUCUUAUACGAGAAGGCCAAGAUCUUUGCUAAAGCUCUAAGCAUGGAUGCCUUGGAAAGGGUGCUAACUUUGUUGAUAUAUGGACAAGUUUUAUUUCAUCGUUGCAACAAAGUUGUUGAUAGGGCUGCUAUUAAGAUCUUCCUUAGCAAGAAUCUUGUUCCGACUCUACUUGGUGAUUUAUUGCAUUCCAUCAUUGCCAGAGUAACAAAGAGACAAGGUUGUGUCUUACGAUGCAUCCCCCUUCUGCACGAGUGGUUUAUUUCGCACUUGCCUCGAUCAGUAAUAAAGAAUGAACAAGGUUUGACUUGGAUUCGGAGAAUUAUGAAGCUUUCUUAUGAUGACAUCAUCUGGCAUCAAAAAGAGUACGAGGGUAUCCAGUUAUUUGAUUGUUGCGGAGAAUUCCCUAAUGUGCCUCUUCUUGGUACCCGAGGGGGAAUCACUUACAAUCCUAUCCUCGCUCGACAUCAGUUUGGUUUUGCUUUGAAAGAUAGGCCACGUUCCAUAUAUCUUAGUGCGGAAAAUUUUGACUACGAUUCCAAUACAACCGGAAAAAAGAGCCAUUUCAUUAAAGCUUGGUACGAGGUAAAAAAAUUGGGUAUAAGAGAUUUGGGAUUAAGAAACUAUACUCCUUCAGACCUCUAUUUUAGAUGGAUUUACGAUCGAGUUGUUGACUUUGGAAUACCAUAUCCAUCUGACACACCUGUAGUUCCAAGGAUCACUCCUCCAGAUGUUCACGUAGAAGUGGAACCUUAUGUACCCGCUCCGGACGAAGACCUUGCUGCCACAUUGAAUUAUUAA